GCGCCUGCGCAGUGAGCAGUCCUUACCAUAUGGGCCCCGGCCCCGUGUGCGGCGAGGAGGAAGGACGGGCGGGCGGCGCCUGUAGCGUUGGCCGCCGGGGUCAGGGGUCAGGGGUCACGGGUCGGCCGCCCCCCCACCCCCCCUUCACGCCAUGGGGAAGAAGCAGAAGAACAAGAGCGAUGACAGCGCCAAGGAUGAUAUCGAUCUCGACGCGCUGGCCGCGGAAAUAGAGGGCGCGGGGGCCUCCAAGGAGCAGGAACCUCCCAAGUCUAAAGGCAAAAAAAAGAAGGAGAAAAAGAAGCAAGAUUUUGAUGAGGAUGAUAUCCUGAAGGAGCUGGAAGAAUUAUCUCUAGAGGCACAAGGAGGCAAAAUUGACAACAAAGUUUCAGUCAAGGUGACAGAGAAUGAGGAAGAGGAAUUUAGCAUCUCAAAGCCAGACAAAAGGAAAAAAACCCAAAAGGGCAAAAAAUCUAGUUUCGACGAUGACGAUAGCGAGGAAAUGGAGAAUAAAGAUGGAAAAUCAAAGAAGUCACAGGCCCCCAAAACAGAAGAGCCCUCUGGAAGUGAAGAAGAUGCCAUGGAAAAAUUAUCCAAGAAAGGUAAAGGAAAACCUCAAAAGUCAAAUAAAAAAGUGGAUGCUUCCGAAGAGGACGAAGAUAACAAUAAGAAGGGUAAAGGGCGCGCUCGAGCAGAUUCUUCAAGUGCAAGCGGGGAUGAAUCCGACGAUUUCUCCCAGAGCAGAAAAGGGCAAAAGAAAAACCAGAAAGCAAAGGCAGCUGCUAACGUCGAUAGUGAGAAAGAGGAAGACGACACCUCAUUCAAAAUAAAAACCGUCGCACAAAAGAAGGCAGAGAAGAAAGAGCGUGAGAGGAAAAAGCGAGAUGAAGAAAAGGCAAAAUUGCGAAAACAGAAAGAAAAAGAAGAAUUAGAAGCGGGUAAAAAGGAGGAGACCAAAAAGAAAGACGUGCAAAAGAAAUCAGAGGAAGAAGCGUUGAAAUCCAAAGUGACUCUUGAAGAGAAGAUGGAGGGUCCCACAGCCUUGGAAGCCGAUGACAAUGAGGGAGACAAAAAGAAAAAAGAUAAGAAAAAAAAGAAAGGAGAAAAGGAGGAAAAAGAAAAAGAGAAGAAAAAGGGUCCCAGCAAGGCAACCGUAAAAGCUAUGCAAGAAGCUCUGGCUAAGCUUAAAGAAGAGGAGGAGAGACAGAAACGAGAGGAGGAAGAACGCUUAAAAAGACUCGAAGAGCUGGAAGCCAAGCGGAAAGAGGAGGAACGCCUGGAACAAGAAAAAAGAGAAAGGAAAAAGCAGAAAGAAAAAGAACGAAAAGAACGCUUGAAAAAGGAGGGGAAACUUUUAACUAAAUCCCAGAAAGAAGCCAGAGCCAGAGCCGAGGCUACCCUAAAACUCCUCCAAGCUCAGGGUGUUGAAGUUCCAUCCAAAGAUUCUAUGCCAAAGAAGAGGCCUAUAUACGAAGACAAAAAGAAGAAAAAACCGCAGCAACAGCAAGAAAAUAAAGAAGUCUCGGAACAAAUAGAAAUGAGCGCCCCAGUGGAGGUGAUUGUUGAACCUGUUGUAACGGAUCAAGAAGAGACCACACCGCCUGUCGAACCAGGAGAGGAAGAGGAAGAAGAGACGGGCUUGGAUGAUUGGGAAGCCAUGGCCAGUGAUGAGGAAAGAGAGAAAGAGAGAAAAACCAUCCACAUCGAAGUAAAAGAAAGUCCGGAGGAGGAGGACGAGGAGGAGGAGGAGGAGGAUGAAGAGGAGGAAGAGAGCGAUGAGGAUGACGACGAAGGAGAGAGCGGAGGCAGCGAAGAUGAGGAUGAGAAAGAUGCCGGCAAGCCCACGAUAGAAAGGAAGCCAAGUAAGGAAGCGAGCUCCGAGUCGGAAUCGGAUUCUGACGACGAUCGCACCAAAGAAGAGCGAGCUUAUGACAAGGCAAAACGGAGAAUCGAGAAACGGAGAGCCGAAAACAGCAAAAACGCAAAUACGGAAAAGCUAAGAGCCCCUGUGAUCUGUGUGCUUGGACACGUCGAUACAGGAAAGACCAAGAUUUUAGAUAAGCUGCGUCACACUCACGUACAAGACGGCGAAGCAGGCGGGAUCACCCAGCAGAUCGGAGCCACUAACGUUCCCCUCGAAGCUAUCAACGAGCAGACCAAGAUGGUGAAGAUGUUCGACAGAGAAAACAUAAAGAUUCCAGGGAUGCUGAUUAUUGAUACUCCAGGCCAUGAGUCUUUCAGUAAUCUAAGAAACAGAGGAAGCUCGCUUUGUGAUAUUGCUAUUUUAGUGGUGGAUAUUAUGCAUGGCUUGGAGCCUCAGACAAUUGAAUCUAUAAACCUGCUGAAAUCUAAAAAGUGCCCAUUUAUUGUAGCCCUUAAUAAGAUUGAUAGGUUGUAUGACUGGAAAAAGAGCCCCGACACAGAUGUAGCUGCUACUUUAAAGAAGCAGAAAAAGAACACGAAAGAUGAGUUCGAGGAACGUGCAAAAGCUAUCAUUGUAGAAUUUGCACAGCAGGGUCUGAACGCCGCCUUGUUCUACGAGAAUAAAGACCCUCGCACUUUCGUAUCGCUGGUACCUACCUCGGCCCAUACCGGAGACGGCAUGGGAAGCCUGAUCGUCCUUCUCGUCGAGUUGACUCAGACGAUGCUGAGCAAAAGACUGGCUCACUGUGAAGAGCUGCGAGCUCAGGUCAUGGAGGUCAAAGCGCUUCCCGGGAUGGGCACCACCAUAGACGUCAUCUUGAUUAACGGCCGCCUGAAGGAAGGAGACACCAUUAUCGUUCCUGGAGUCGAGGGGCCCAUUGUCACCCAGAUCAGAGGGCUUCUCUUGCCUCCCCCGAUGAAGGAAUUACGAGUGAAGAACCAGUACGAGAAGCAUAAAGAAGUCGAAGCCGCCCAGGGGGUCAAGAUCCUUGGGAAAGACUUAGAGAAGACCUUGGCUGGCCUGCCUCUCUUGGUGGCACAUAGAGAAGAUGAAGUUCCCGUUCUCAAGGAUGAGUUGAUCCAUGAGUUGAAGCAAACGCUGAAUGCCAUCAAGUUGGAAGAGAAAGGAGUUUAUGUCCAAGCUUCUACGCUGGGCUCUUUGGAGGCUUUACUUGAAUUUUUGAAAACGUCCGAAGUGCCAUAUGCUGGAAUUAACAUAGGUCCAGUUCAUAAAAAAGAUGUUAUGAAGGCCUCAGUCAUGUUGGAACACGAUCCUCAGUAUGCCGUCAUCUUGGCCUUCGACGUGAGGAUCGAACGGGACGCUCAGGAAAUGGCCGACAGCUUAGGAGUACGAAUUUUUAGCGCAGAAAUCAUCUACCACCUCUUCGAUGCCUUUACGAAAUACCGACAAGAUUACAAGAAGCAGAAACAAGAAGAAUUUAAGCACAUAGCCGUAUUUCCCUGCAAGAUGAAAAUCCUCCCCCAGUUCAUUUUCAACUCUCGAGACCCCAUCGUGAUGGGUGUGAUCGUGGAAGCGGGCCAGGUGAAGCAAGGCACGCCCAUGUGCGUGCCCACAAAAAACUUCGUCGACAUCGGGAUCGUGACCAGUAUCGAAGUCAACCACAAACAAGUCGACGUGGCGAAGAAGGGCCAAGAGGUCUGCGUCAAAAUCGAGCCGAUUCCCGGGGAGUCUCCCAAGAUGUACGGGAGGCAUUUCGAAGCGACCGACAUUCUCGUCAGCAAGAUCAGCCGCCAGUCCAUCGACGCGCUGAAGGACUGGUUCCGAGACGAGAUGCAGAAAACGGACUGGCAGCUCAUCGUGGAGCUGAAGAAAGUCUUCGAGAUCAUCUAAGCGGCCCCCCCGUCGCCAGGGCCCCGACGAAACCCAGGCGAAAACAAAAUGAAACCAGGUUUGGCUCCCGAUGGACUGAAAGUUUGGAAGGAAAAAAUAAGCAGAUAAAUUGUUUUCCAUGAGAAACCGAGAAACUUACACUGGUUUGACAGUGGUCAAUUUACACGCCCCGCGUCUCUUCCCCCAACCCCGUCCCGAUCCCCCCCUUCUACUGGCUGCUGUUUUAAAGUUCGCCCUACCCAGAUUUGAAUUUUUAUUACAGAACUAAAGCUCUUUCAAUUUUAUACUGAUUAAAUCAGUACUGCAGUAUUUGAUUAACCAAGCUUCUGCAGACUCUGUGAUUCUUGGGACUCUUUUGAUGUAAGAAAUACGUCUUUAUUUAUGCAUAUUCCUUUCCUCGGUGGGUUGUUUUUUUUUUCUUCCAGCCUUCUGCUUUGUGCCUCUAGGAUUUUUUUAAAAUAGAUUAGGUAUUCUGAGAUUCCCGUGUUUGCUUCGUGUGAAACCAUGAUGUAAAGCAUAGUCGGCCGCCUUUAUUGCUUGUACAGUCCACGAGAGUCGAUUUAAACUGUAAUCAUAAAGAAAAGAGCCACAAUAAAAGAAUGCCACUUAUUGCAUUCACGAUUGCUGUGGCAUUCUGCAUCUGCAAGAAAUAAGUUAGCUGUAGCCUCUUCUCACUUUAGAGUGUGUUUUGGUUUCGGGGAAAACACCGACCAGCAGUCGAUCAUGCCGAUUUAAUAUGCCUCGAUUGAGUGCUCAAUGUGUUUUGAAAGGGUUUGGGUUUGAUAUGCUUGUUCUUUUAAAACUGAGUGGCUGGAGGAAUUUUUUUUGUUUGUUUGUUUUUAAAUGACUAGUUUAGAUUGGUCGUUGAUUACCACUGGGUUAAGUGCAAGCGGACGGGUUCGGAUCAGAGCCCGGGCUCGGAAAACCACCAGCCGAGCUGCUCCUUGGGCAGUGAGGAGGAGAAAUAGCACCGGUUGAAUGUUUGGGGGAAACCCUUGAAGUUUCCAAAUGAAAUAACCACUCUUUCCACUUUGUAAACUUAAAAGUAGCGCUGAUUUUAGAAUUCAGGUUGCUGGAAGGUGGAAGCAGCGGGUUCGCCCUUCCGAGAUGACACGUGGCUGGCCGGGCCGAUGUAACUGCAUUCUCUGCUGUGGCUCUGUCUGUCGGUUUUUACGCAGUGUUAAUCUAAGGAUCUUUAUUCUUAAAAGGUGAGACGGAGGAGGAGGAUCUCAAUCUGUAAUUCAGGGUCUUGGUUGGAAAGAAACAAAAGGCUGAGGAAAGGAAAGCUGAUCCAGGCUGCCAGUGAGUAAGGAGAGGACCCUCUCUCCCCCCACCUUCUACCCGGGCCCUUAAUUAAAUCAAUCAGUGUGGUAUUUAAUGCGUGCCGAACUAAGUGCUUGGGAGAGUACAGUAAACCAGACUGGGUAGAGGUGGUCCCUGCUCCCAAGGAACCCACCCUCUCGUCAUUAACCAGCCCGUUUUAUGCCUUGUCCAAAUCCACCCUUUUGCUUCAAGAGCUGACUCGAUCCCACUCAGGGUCCCUACCCCCCGCACUAAUGCUCCGGGGUACUCCGCUUUCCUUCUCCAACCGCCACCCGGGAUUUUUAAGGCGGCCCUCGGCGGCUGUUUGGAAUCGAGGGUUAGUUAAGGAGUCAUAAAACGGAGUCGGUACAAAAUAUACAUACAGUUCUUUAUUAAACAACUGUAAACACUUCACUGUAAAAAUCCAUAAAACUUUAUAAACAAACAUUUUGUAAAUAGAAUCUAUGCUACAGUAAAAGAAUUUAACACAAUUAUUUACAUGCAAUACUGACAGAUUUGGCACUUUUUGAAAAGAAAUGUACAAAAACACUUGUUGAAAAAGAAAUCAAAAAUGAUAAAAACUCAGAGUAUCACUAUCAUGCACUCUGCAAAUACCUCACGAGCACUUAUGGCACAGCUAGCAGAGAGCACCAGGCUCUCUCUCUUUCUCUCUCUCUCUCUCCCCCCACCCCACCCCAGCUCCUUUCUCCAGGCUUAGAUAACUUUUAAUGUGCUUCCGUAAGUUUGUUGUAAAACCACCUGAACGUUGUCAAGAAUGAAGUCAAAUGCCAUAGUCCAGACAGAUUCCACUGACUGUUGCAUCAACCUGGAGAUGGGGGGGGAGGAAACACAUGCCAAAAUGGCCUGUAAUUCACUCUCGAUUCUGAGUUACCCCACAAAACCCUCUCAAACAACCUCCCGCACCCCGGUAGAACUUACUUUAGUUAGGACAGAAAUGAAAGUUUUAACAUCUAGGAUGGACCAGGUCUGGCUGAAACUUGAUUUCAUUUGUGUUGCACUUUAAAGCCGCCUGAUAAAUGUUUAGGGCAAAUGGAAAAGGCUGACCCUCCCUAGGUAGAGCUUAAGCUGUAUCUAAAUCUGAAGUCCUCUGCCACACAAGGACGGAGUCAUCCUCAAUCCAAAACCUUUUGGGAAAAGGAUCAGGCCAGAGGCUCAAAUCCCUGGACUACUAGUGGGCUCUGGCAAGCUGGCAGCUGUUCCUCAUAAACAGCAGGUGAGAUCCUUGGAAUUUCCCCAGGAUCAUGGAUGGAAGCAGGGCUAGGGCUCCAGGGGCCGGAGCAGCUGCUACAUCGGGAAUGUUGGGAAGAAAAAGCGGAGCAAGUCAGCUCCAGAGAGAAGCAAUCUAAUACGUUGUUCUUGAAAUGCUUUUGGUUUCUGUCAAAACAUGUAAUCUGUUACGAUUUUCAGCUGUUGUGUUUUAGCCCUGAAUUUUUCUCUGUGUUGGCCCAUCUCUUCUAGAGUUCCCUCGUGAGCCCUGCUCACUAAAUGAUGGGUUAAUUGGACAUUCCCGGUCCCAUCUAGACUGACAAGUGUCCAGAUCCAGUAUCUGGUACUCCUAGCCUGGGAGGGAGGCGGGGAGGAAAGCAUUUUGGUCCGAAGACAGUCCAAUUUACGAUAUCCUGAUUAAUUUACCACUUCAAGCUGCCAAAAUGAGUGCUGUAGCAGGAUGAAUGAAUGGAUUUCGAUUCUAUUUUUUUUUUUUUUCCUGGAAGUCUGUCUGAAGACACUUUAGUCGCUCUUGGUGCAAAAGACUAAGUGAGCUGUUUAAUAAAAGCAAUUUAGUUACCUUUU